GUCCCAGCUCGAACAGGUCACCUGAGCUCUGAGCUCCCUGCUACAGUGCUACCACUGUACCACCAGCUAUUGCUGGCUUGCUGCCAUCUUCCUGUGAGCGUGAGAAGUGAGACGGCUGCUAGGAUCGGAAUAGGAUCACCAUGGCGUGGCCGCGGUGCGGUGGGUUCGUGGAGAAGGCGAAGCCCUACAUCGCCAUGAUCUCGCUCCAGUUCGGCUACGCCGGGAUGAACGUGCUCACCAAGGUGUCGCUGAACCAGGGCAUGAGCCACUACGUGCUCGUCGUCUACCGCCACGCCUUCGCCACGCUCUCCAUCGCACCCUUCGCCCUCGUCCUCGAGAGGAAGAAGGUGAGGCCCAAGAUGACGUGGCCAAUCUUCUGGCAAAUCUUCGUCCUUGCCAUGCUCGGGCCGGUGAUCGACCAGAACUUCUACUACGCGGGGCUCAAGUUCACCGGCCCCACGUUCGCCUGCGCGAUGAGCAACAUCCUGCCGGCCAUGACCUUCGUCCUGGCAGUGAUAUUCAGGAUGGAGAAGCUGCAGAUGGAGAAGGUGAGGUGCCAGGCCAAGGUCUUCGGGACGGUGGUGACCGUGGCCGGCGCGAUGCUGAUGACGCUCUACAAGGGCCCGCUGAUGCAGCUGGCGCGGACGACCAGCAGGCACGCGUCGGCGUCGGCGUCGCCCGCCGCGGAGAUCAUCAUCAGCGGCAGGGACUGGUUCCUCGGCUCGGUGUUCGUCGUCGUCGCCACGCUCGCCUGGGCCUCCCUCUUCGUCCUGCAGGCGCACACCAUCAAGCAGUACUCGGCGCAGCUGUCGCUCACCACGCUCGUCUGCUUCGUCGGCACGCUGCAGGCCGUCGUGGUCACCUUCGUCAUGGAGCGCCGCACCUCCGUCUGGACCAUCGGGUUCGACAUGAACCUGCUCGCCGCCGCCUACGCCGGCAUCGUGACGUCGAGCAUCGCGUACUACGUGCAGGGCCUGGUGAUCCAGAAGGCCGGGCCGGUGUUCGCCUCGGCGUUCAGCCCGCUCAUGAUGAUCAUCGUCGCCGCCAUGGGCUCGCUCAUCCUCUCCGAGAAGAUCUACCUCGGGGGCGUCCUCGGCGCCGCGCUCAUCGUGGCAGGCCUCUACUCCGUCCUCUGGGGCAAGCACAGGGAGACGCAGGAGAAGGAGGAGGCCGCCGACGCCAAGAUGGCGCUGCCGACGGCGGCAGCAUCCUCCAUGCAAGACGCUGCCGCCGGUGUCGCUGUAGAUGGUGCGGGGUGCAACGUCGGGAAUGGCGUGACGAGGUCAUCCUCCAAUGCCGCCGCCGCCGCUGCUAGUGCAGUUUGAUUGGCCUCAUCAGGCUCCCAAUAAUUUGCCUCCGGUGAAUGGCGCGCGGGCGUCAUGUCAUCCGUGAUCGAAUGCUGAACUGUUCGUCUAGCUACGACGAGCACACUGUUCUUAUUAGGGAAAUGGUGCACAGCUAGCUGUUUGGAAGUUGGAAUUGAGAUUUUCGGGAAGAAC